GCCUCAGCCUCAGGCUAGUAACACAGUGUCAGAACUUCAACAAAGUUAUUAUAUAGUGUUUCGUCAUGGAAAGCAACUUCAAUAUUUAAUUUAGUAAUAUGCUGAUUUUUAUUUUAUAUUCUACAUUUCAUCUCCACAUUGAUUACCACAUUUUCUCUUUUCCGUUAUAUCACUUUACAUUUUAAUUCAAGAUAAACCUUCAAUAAUAAAACUGCACUAGCUAAAUCUUUUUACACACAACAAAGACAUUGGUUGUAGGUCUACCAUCACAAAAAGUACCAAACAGAACAAGACUUCCCUUCUUUCCCUCCAGUUUUUAUCUGCCAUAACCUCUUAUACCACUCUACUUCCCUCCAAAUAUUAAAAUAAUUCUUUUUGUUAUUUAUUUACUGUUCAAAUUUAAUAAAAAUUCUAUUUAUUUGAUUUUAAUUUAUAUUUGGCUUUUUGUUUAUUGUUUUAUUGAAAUCCUGUAAAUGAUAACAUUAUGUAAAAUUUGUGUUAAUGUAAUUGGUACAAUUCUUUUGAUUCAUUUAAUAAAAUUAUCAAUUACUUUAUCUUUUAAAGUGUUUUAUUUUUUUUAUUUUAAAAUUUUUGUAUUGGAAACUUUAUAUUUAAUAACUUUGUUGUGUUGACAUCUAACCUACUAACAUUAUUUUGAAAUUAUCAACGAUACAUCGACAAAUGAACUUUCGACUAUUGAUAUUAAAUUUUAUCUAUUUGAUUAUACAGUAUCGAUGUUUUGUUCAGCCCUAAAUUCAAAUUAUUUAUCUUUUUAAAAAGUAACAUUAUACACAUCAUGCUCAGUUAAAUUACAAUGAUAACAGUUGAUAUACUUAAUAUGGGCAUUCUGCAAUGCAUAACGGGAUCGUGUCUCGACCUGUUUCUACAGACCUUAUCAUACAAAAUAGAAUGUUCAAUUGAGAAACAAAAUAUAUUUAUAUUCAACUUUUUUGUAUUGCUUGUCAUUUAGUAUGUAUACGAAAAAAAAUCUAAACCUCCUUAUCUAACCUCUCAAGAUAUGCUCUCUUGAAAAAUUAAGUAGUUUUUUCAUCAAUAUUAAAAAUUAAUCAUGUUUGAGAAAAACGUUUCUUGGUCUUUCUAACUGAAAAUGGCUGGCGGUUCUCUUUUUUUGAGUCCGUGUUUGUAAAACCAGUAUAUUGUUUCAAAUAUUAGUUUUUUCAUUGCUGUUAGAAUUGUUAGUCUGUAUCCUCAAACCUAUUUAGUCAUGUGAAAUUGAAGACUUUUACUUGAAUACAGAACUCAAAAGUAUUUUCUUCCUAGAAAAAAUUCAGCUUCAUUCUGCUGCGUACGGUAUACACUGAUGAAUAAAUAAACAAAUAUUCCUUAUCUUGAUUGACUCAAAUCCAAAAUUUUGCCUUGACUCAUUUAUGCAAUAAGAAUUAGUGGUUCUCAAACCAAUCUGUAUUUUAUUAUGAAAAAAUUAUAAAAAUUGUACAAGUGAAAUUCUAACCUUAUCUUGGACUUUGUCACUUAUAAAUUUGGAAGAAAAAUAGCACAAGGACUAUCUUAUUAUUUUAUCUUCCAAUGUUAUUACAUUAGUGUCAUUUGCAUUGUAAAUAAAUAAAUUAUCUUUAUCUAGCUAAAGUAGUAGAGGCCUUUCACAUCAGACUUUAAAAAUAAAAAAUCCAGUAAUGACAUUAUUGAUCAAUGAUCCAGUUUCGUCAUAAACUAUUUAAUUAUUGAUUAAGUAUUCAAAGUGACACAUUUUACAAUUUCAUAUUAUGAGUUUAUCCAGUUUAGUAUUUCAGUGUGGGUGUAGUACUUGUAGUAGUUGUGGUAGUUCUAGUAGUUCGAUUAGUUCUAGAGGCUCAUCCUUUUUCACUUUGAUUCUCUGUUUUCAUUGCAGAUUUGCAGUUGUAGUGGUUCAGCAAAUCCUAUUUACAUUGGCAUCUAAUGUCUAGUGGUUCCCGGACUAUUUUGCGCCGUAACUCUCCUUGGCCCCAGAAAUAAUACAAUUCAUUGUAUUGUUUGACAUUCUGAACUAUUUAAAUAUUCGUCUUGUUAGCAGUGAGUUAAGUUAUCAUUGGUCUAUUGAGGCUGUAAAUAUGAAUAUCGCUUCAAUCAAUCAUGAAGCCAUCAUGAAUGUGUUUGUCAGAGAUCAAUCACCAUCUAGAAUUAGUAGUGAUGUUCAAAAGAUUUCUCAAAAAAAUGAUGGCCAAGCUACAAAGUUUGAUCACUUGAAUUGUGUGAUAAUAAAUGAUGAUAUAAUAUUAUCAGAUAAUGUAAUAAAAGACUUAUCAAAGUCUAUUGCAGUUGAUUAUGGUUCGGAUGCCAUCCAAAGUAAGGAGUCGGCAUCUCAUAAUGAGAGCAAGUCGACUACAAUUUCACAUUUGGAUUUUUCUAGGCUUGAGUCUGAAGAGCUUGACUGCGAAAUAUGUGAUGUGAUGGAAUGUACAGAAAGUAGUGAACAUGAUUCACAAGUUACAAUACUUUCAAAGAUUAGUGAAUGUAUUUCAAACUCUCUAAACCAAACUACCUCAUCUUCUGUAGAUGAUUUAUUUCUUGAUGGAUUGAAAUAUUUAGGAGGAGUUCUCAAAGACACUCGUGUAACUUCACUUGACCUGAGUUAUAAUAAUAAAUCCGCUGAACAUGUGAAGUAUCUAGAAAAUAUUCGAAGAGAUAUUCAAUCAUCCUCGAUAAACGUGGAAAUUAACACUAUGCUUACAGAAUAUAAUGAAUAUGAUGAUCUUGUGCAAAGUUGUAAAGAGAAAGCUAAUCCAACAACUCUUGUUCUUGAAAUUGAUAAGAAUUCUAGGGAAAAUGGCCUAUCUUCUCUAGCAUCUACUCUACGAGACUCUGCAAUAGUUUGCUUAGAUCUUACUCAUAGUGAUAUGAACAAACAAGACUUGAAAAUACUAGCUAAGUGUUUGGAAGGCACAAAAGUGAAAAGUCUCAAAUUGGGCUUCAAUAGGUUGCGUUGGGACGUUGAUGAUAUCAACUGUCUAGCUUCCAUUUUACAAUGCUCACAAAUCUCAUCACUCGAUCUCAGUCACAAUGUUUUCGAGUCAGAAUAUUUGAAAAUUCUAGUAUCAUAUUUGAAGAAUACAAAAAUAGAGUGUAUCAAUUUAAGUUUCAAUUCAGUAAGCUAUGAUUUUAUCAACUGUUUAGCACUUGCUCUUCCAAACACAAACAUAACCUCAAUUAAUCUUAGUGGUACACAUAUGAGAUCUGAAGGUUUGCAGGCAAUAGCAUCAUUUUUACCACAUUCCAAAAUAGUCUCACUAAAUUUGAGUGAAAAUAUAUUUGUUCGUGAUGAAAUUGAUCACUUAAGCUCCAUUUUAAAAGACACUCAAAUCACUUCGCUCUAUCUUGAUAAUAUUGGUAUGGGAAACGAAUCUCUGACUUUUCUAGCAUCAUGUUUGAUCAACACAAAAAUUAGCUCUAUUUCUCUGAGUAAUAAUUCUUUUCAUGACGAUGAUGGAAUUAUAAGUCUAUCACGAGUGCUGAAGAACACUGAAUUAACCUCUAUUAAUUACAGUUGGAAUAGCAUAACUGACAAUGGAUUGAGAAUACUAGCAUAUUGUCUGAUUGGUUCAAAAGUUAGUUCUCUUAAUUUGAGUUCUCUCUAUCACAAAAUCGAGGACAAAAGUUUAACAUACCUGGCCUCAUGUUUAAAAGACUGUGAGAUAACAAAUUUGAAUCUCAGUAAAAAUAUCUUUGAAUGCAAGAAAUUGAACGAUUUUGUUCUAUGUUUGCCAGAUACAAAACUAAUAUCACUUGAUAUUGGUGGAAAUUAUAUAUGCUGCAAUACGUAUUAUCUAGCAUUUAUCUUGAAAAAUACUAAAAUAAAACAUCUCAAUUUAAGCAGCAAUAUACCCCAUUGCAAUGACCCAAAAAAAAUCAUACCAGGUUUGAAAUGCAGUGAUGCUAUACUAGACGCGAGUAAAAAGCCAGUUUGCUCAAUAGUUUUCAAUUAUUUAUCAAAGGCUUUAAAGGAAACAGAAAUCAUUUAUAUGAAUCUCAGCUCUAUUAAGAUGAAUAUUGAUGAUUUGAAAUAUCUCUCUCAAGGUUUAUUCGGUUCACAAGUAUCAUGUAUUGAUCUUAGUCAUAACCAGAUCAAAUGUAAUGGUGUCUACCACUUGGCAAACGUUUUAAGACACUCUAAAAUUUCCUCAUUGAAUUUGUCAAACAAUGAAAUCUGUUUCAAAGGCAUGAAAUAUCUGGUUGAAGGGUUUCAGGGCUCUGAAAUAGAAUUUCUCAAUCUCUCUAACAAUCCUUUGGGAGAUGAUAGUUUUGUGUAUUUAGCUCAAAAUUUGAAGUGCUCUAAAAGUAUUGAACUAAAUGUUUGUGGGACGAAUAUAUCUGCAGGAACAGUGUACAAGCUGUUAGAACGGGCAGUUCGACAUGGGCAAAAUCGUAUCGCCAGAAUCAGUUUACAUGAUUUUGAUUCCCUCUGCCUUGUGGAUUUGUUCAGCUAUCCAGGGUUUUAUAUCAAGAUUGAUCAAUUAAUAAGAGAAUCCCCUUUCAGAAAUAGAAAUGACUUAUUGGAAUCGGUGAAUAAUGCCUAUAAAGAGUCUGGAAUCACAAAAGCUGUUUAUUAUAAUGAGUUUCAACGGGAACGGAUUUCCAUGAGAUCUGGUUUAUGUAAAUUUUCUAAAUUAUUUGAAAAUGUUGACAUCAGAGAAAUUGAUUUGAAAGUGAACACUAUUGAUUAUCAGAAAGUUGAAUUUUUCAAAGAAAGCAUAGUCACUGAAUUAAAAGUGAAUUUGAAUGACAAAAACGUGAGAUAUCGUGGUAGCCUAAACAUAGAACCAAUUUCAUUGUGCUUCUACAGAACUGGGACGGAAAAUGAUGGUAGCUCAAAUCAAAUUGAUCCUUAUUCAGAUGCCGAGAUUCCACUAAAGCAAUUCCAUACCUACUGUUUGAAUAUUAGAAAUAACUCGGCUACAGAAAAUCUUCUUCGCAAAUACAAGUCAUUUAUUACGAAUAAUAUCAUGUACCUUGAUCUGAGAAGUGUUGGUUUAGUCGAUGAUGAAUUGAAGAACUUGUCUGAGAUUCUGAAGGAUUCAAACGUAAUAUCAUUGAAUUUGAGUGGUAACAAAAUCGGAGCAAAAGGCGUUAGACUACUUGCCGAAGCCCUUUCUCAAACCAAUAUCACUUACAUUGAUCUGCAUGGAAAUAAGAUUGGAUAUUCAGAUUACUCAGGAUUUGCUAUUCAGAAUCUUUCAAGUAUUUUCAGUAGAACAAAUAUUUGUUGGAUUUCUCUUGGAGAUAAUAAUAUUGAAGCAUUUUUGCAAAAUGACAUUCAGUUGUCCCCAUUUAUUGUAUCUCGCAAUGAUUAUCCAAUUACAUUUCAAAUUAGGUAUUUAUUCAGAGAGUUGGUUUCACUGAACUCUGUCACUGAUGAAUUUGAAUUCAUUGUUCCCCAAGCAAUUCCAAAUCCUCCAGUUGAUUUGAUUCACUAUCCUUUUCUAAUGAAAAAAAUAUUGGAAACACCAUUUAACAAAAUGCAUAUUUAUGAUAUGUUUUACAUGAGAAGUAAAAAACAUGUCAUCAAUGUUUAUAAGAAAAUAGCAGAAUUCAUUAAAAAUAUUGAAGAUAGUUUUUGCACUUUUAUUGAUGAGAAUAUUAACAAACUGGCAAACGUUUUUGACUAUGAUAGCUUUGUAGAACUUGUAAAGACCUGCGAACAUCUAGAGUUUAAUCAUAUUGUUCAUCGCCUACUCUUGCAUAGGAUUUGGUAUUAUGUAAAUGAAGAGAAAGAUAUUUUGCAUCCCUUUAUAUACAAAAUGUUGUAUAAAUACGGAUUGCCACUUUUUAUUGAAGGCUUGGAACCAGGGAGAGUGAGAAUCAUCAACUUCUUCCAGACACAUCCAGAAAUUGAUAGCGCAAACGAAGUUGUUGAUUUACUAAGCUCAGGCAUCUAAAAUAUCGAAUUUCUCAGAGAAUUUCCAUUUUACUUGAUACCUUAUUAAGGUGGUGGUGGUGGUGUAAUGUAUUCUUCAAAUACUAGAGACUUUCUGUGUAUCACGUUAUACAGCAUAAUGAGUUUUGUAGGCAAUUUUUUGUAUUAAUAUUAUUUUUGUUAACACUCCGAAGCUCCGGAGCAGUAAAAUAUUACUGUAAUAUUGUAAUUAUAAUUGUAUAAUGUAUUUAUCUAUUACUUGAUACUUUUGUAUAUCACAUAGUUUUAUUUGAUACCUUACUUUUAAUUAAAACAGUAAAACAUGAAUAUUUAAGGAAUCAUUUUUUACUCUCUGGCUCAAAUAAUAAUUCAUCCACUACAAUCUUCGGCAUUGACAAUGUUAAUCUGUCAAAGAUGUACCUGUAUGGAAAUAUUUAGUGACCGAAAUUUCAAUUAACUUGUUGAGCUCCAAACAAUUGACAUUAUGCGCUUGUUUCCGAGCUCGGGAUUUAGCCAAGUUCUAGACUAACCGGCUUUUAACUCUGGACUCAGAAAAUUGGCUUUCCGAGGCAGGUCGUUAACGUAGUCGAGGACUUGAAUAAACUCUGGAGUUUAGAGAUCACUUUAGUGGAGAUUAUAAUUUCGCUUUCUGAGUCAAGGAUUUAUCGUUAAGUCCAGAACUUGAAACAGCGUUAUUUUAAACCCUCGGCGAGGGUAGGAUUUAAAAUUAAGUUCUAGUCUUAACUAAGCAAACACAUCACAUUCAUUGUUUUGGAGUAGAUGAAUAGCCAAAUAGCUGUCAUGGAAUACCUAGAUUAUUUGAAUUAAUCCAUCUUAAUUGAAAGUUUUUUAUUGCAAGUUUAUUUUGGAAUAAAAUUGUAUCAAAAUUGUGCUUAAAAAACUAAACCUUAUUUUGGACUGUGUCAUAACCUAAAAUUUUAAGAAAAUACGGUAACACAAGGAUUGCAAAGGAAUUUUAUCUUCUAAUGUUAUUAAUCAGUGUCAUUUGUAAUGAUAAUAGAUUUUUAUUCUAGUUUUUUUUUUUAAAUAAAUAACUUUUUUUACUCAAUUCUCAUUUUUUUAAUCCAAAAUCACUAACGAGGAUCAAUGAUCAAUAAUAGCAUAAUGUAACAUGAAAUGGUAUUAUUAUUAUUAUAAAUUUUUCCAUAAAUUUUUAUAAUCACAGAGUACAACAACAAAGACAUCAAAUGUACUUCCCUUACGUACUGCGCUUGCUCAUUACAAUGCAACGUCAUUGCCAGUUUUAGAACUACAAAACUUCCCUCAUGAUUACUGCUUCAAGUCCUGGACUCAAAAUAGGUCUAGGACGUUUUAGAUCCUGGAGCUUAGAAGAUAAAUUCGUGACUCAGAAAGACGAUUUAGAUCCAAGGGCUUAGUUUAGUCCUGGACUAAAUAAUAACUUUAGUCCAGAACUUAUAGAUCUUGAACUCGGAAACCACCCCUUAAUAAAGGUGUCCUUGCAAUUUAUUGAGCAAAAAGUCGCAAUAGACCAAUAAUAACAUACAAAAAUCUUCUAACCCUGUCUGGUUGAAAAUGAAUUAAUCACGUAGAAUAAGGAAUCUCAUACAGAAAAUCUAUAGUUACAGUUAUUAAUCUCCAAUUAUAAAUAAUUAUUAAUAGAAUUGUAUUCAUUUGAUAUUGUGUUUAGUUUUUAGUAGGUCCAUAUAUAACAGAAAUAUUUGAGUUUUGUAAAUACAGUACCUUAUGAAGUUUUUGCUACAAUGUUGUAUUUCAAGGAUAAGUAGUCUUCCCUCUGCCUACAAACUAAAGCUGUAGCCAAUUGUGUAACUUAUAAAUAAUACAUUGAACAUUAUUUUGUAAUUGUAAUGUAUAUCAAGGAUAGUUUUUUAGCUAUGUGUGAAUGGUUGAAAACAUACCUUUUACACCUUCUUGAACCUUGAUUGAAAAGAACUUGAAACAAUUGAAAUUUUCCAAAAUCACUUUCAAAUUGUUCCAUGCUUUAUAACUCUCAAGAUAAGGAUGGGAACUAGAGCUGCUGCAUUCUCUUGAACUGAAAUUCAUUAUUAAAUAAUAAAAAUAUACAGUAGUAAAUGAAUAACACAAUCAAGUAAUUAUCAAUCAAUUUAUAUAAUAUAAUAUAUAAGUUAUGUAAUAAAUGUUAUUAUAUUAAUAAUAUAAUAUAAUUUAUAUAAGUAUAGUAAUAUAUAAAUAAAUUUUUGACACUGCCAACUCAAGAAGCCCUGUGUGUUGGCAGUGAGUUGCAGUUUAUUUAUUUUGUUUUAAUUUUAGUGCAAGUACAAGACACAUAUUUUUUCUAAUUUGAGUGAAUAAGAUAAAUUUUGGAGCAGUCUGAUAACUUACAAAUUGUACAUUGGCUAAGCUUAGAUUAUAUAUUAUUAUAUUACAACAUAUCAACCGUCUAUCAAAUAGGUAAUGUUAUUUGAAUGAGGCACUAUCCUCUAUUGGUUGUAUUUUUUGUACUUGUGUAUUAAGUAGAUCCUACAUUGUAUUUUGUGCUUGUUAAUAUAAAAUUAUUGGUUUAUGCUUUAUAUGUUGUUUGUAAUAAUGGAGUUAUGUUAUAUUUCAGUUUUUUUCAGUAUCUAAACUCUAAUAUUUUUGCGUUUGAUAAUUAGUUACCUAUUACAAAUUAUUAUUUCCUCAUCUUUAAGCAGCUAUGUUUUCAAUUUUCAUAGAUUUUUCAUAAUAUGGUAUUAAUAUUUUUUCAUUGUUAAUAACUGAAAAUUAUUCAUAUUUCCAAGUUAAUUAAUAUUCAUAGUUAGUAAUGUUUUUGCAUUUAGCACUAAGAAUACCAUUUGUAGUUGAAAAUCCAGUACCUUCUUAUGCUCUAUUUUGUUAUUAAUGAUGUGAAAAAUAUUAUUUUGUCAAUGUUCUCGCAAAUGAAAACUAUUUGUGAUAUAGGCUAAUACUUGUAUUAUAUUCUAUAUUUUGAAACCAUGUCCAGUAAUUCAUACCCAAUAAGCCUUCUUAUUCCAAUAUAAUUAUUGUUAACCUACUUGAUGCAGAAUGUUGUAAAAUAUUCUAAAUAAAACAGAUAUAAUA